CACGUUGAAUUACCUAUGUGGGAAAAUGUUCAGAACCAAUGAACAACCUUUUGCAGAGAUAGAAAAAUUUUACUUUCUAAUCCAGUGGAGAACCAAAAUAUUUCAGAUUUUUGAAUCCUAAAAUUUUUCUAUCUCUGCAAAAACUUGUUCGUUGGUUCUGAACAUUUCCCCACAUAUUUAAUUCAACGUGCUCUACAAUCUGGCAGUGCCAAAAUAUGUUCAGUUGGAAAUUCAUAGUGGGUCUAGCGACAUCCAAAUUUCAGAGACGCAUCCUAGAAAGGCCUAGCAGCAGAAACAGAUAUCAGAUUCGUGAUCAGCAUCAAGCAAGAUUACUCACAAUCGUGUACGUUUUAAGGAAAAAGUGAUUGGACAUUUGGAAAGGUUCCCUCGUUAGAUGAGCUUCAACUAGUCGCAUUAUUAGCAAUAUGGAAGGACAUAAAUGCUAAGAAAAACAACAGACAGCAUAUCCGAACCGAUCACGAUAUAAUAAAGUCAACGGUGUUCAAAAGAUAAAAUUGAACACUUUUUCAAAAAAACUGCCCUUUGCCACCUUAUUAGCUCUCUAUGUGCUGUCUUUCACACUGUAUAUAUAUCUUAUGUAAUCGAUCAAACUAUGUGCAUAUGUUCCGAUAGAAGGGAUUAACAUUUAUAUCUGUAUAUUCCUCGUAUACGUUCAUAAUGUGUUAACAAGCUUGAGCAUUAUCUAUUUUUCUUAUCAAAUAUAUAAAGUAACAAGUUCAAUAAGACAAAAUGAGAAAUUGCCAUUAGAUGAGAAAAAAUUAUUUGUUAAAGGAUUUUGAUCAAAAUUAAUCGAACAAAUGUCGACAGGAAAGAAGAAAAGAUGACCACCACUACCACUACCACCAUUAUCGCAUGUACAGAAAGAUCGAACGUAAAUAUUUACAUCAAGAGAAAUAGAAAGAGAAAAUAUGCGACGACAACGUCAAUUUUCCGGUUUCAAUCAAUCAUAAUAUGUCUACGUUAAAAUUAGACACGUAAACCAAAUUUAACGCGAGUGACCGAAAUAAGGAUUAAAAUGCCGCCUAUACACCUAUUCUUCUCCUCCUCUUCUUCUCGUUUGAUCAUUUCGGGUUUUAAUUGUUAUGUUGUAUGUGUGUGUGUGUAUGUAAUUUUACAGUGUCGCGUCUUACACGUAACGGACACACAAUUAGAGAAGGUCAUCUAAGAUUAAUUUCGUUGUUCAUACAGAAAAAACUUAAAUUCGAUAUAAAUCUAUCAGGAGAGAAAGCAAGCAAUUUCCGCCUUCUCUAGAAUUAGAGAUUCCUGAUCUCUCUCAUUUCUUUUUGUUACAUUUUUUUGACACAGUACUAAUCCUUCCUCUUUCUUCUUUCUCUCAUCAAAAUGUUUUCGAAUGUUUUUCCUCAUGCCCCCUGUCCUUCUUCGCUGGUAUUUGUCGCGUAGUAAUUUUGACUUUAUAUACCGAUGGAAUUUUCAAUGUAGGCGCUUGGAAUUAAGUAAUCUUACGAGAGAAAGAGAGAGAAAAAGAGAAAAAAGUAUACGUUUCUAGUUUAAGUGUGACAAUUAAAAAAGUUGUGAAGUCACUCAGUAAAAAGUAUCGUUUCAUUUUUAAGAUUGAACGAGAGAAAGAAACGUCUGAGAUCAACUGACUUCACCACUAAUAAAUAAAUAUUCAAUUAAGUUUAUUAUAAAAAAGAAUAAUCUAACUUUUACAUUCAUCAAUAAUAAUAAAAACAAUAAUUUGUUAUUAGCCGCAUGCUGGUAUGAGGCACAAUUUUUUAGUCGGUAAGCAACUAAGCAUACGUUUUCCUACAAUUACACAUAUAAAGCAAAGUUGCCUCUAGGAUAGUAGUCAACUUUUUUUCUUACAUGUUUGAUGUAAAUUGUACCAUUUGUGACGACAGUCUAAUAAUUGUAUGAAAUCAAUUAUCUAUUAUUUUAGGUCUCCUGAGUUUAUAUCAAGCAAUAACCAUUUAUCUUCCAUAUGAAGUGGCUUCAUUCUCGCGUUGUCCUCCAAAUGGAUCAUUCGAAAUCUCGUCAACAGGCUACUAUGACGAUUCCAAAUUCUGUAAUGUCUACCACAAAUGUAAUUGCACAAGAACGGAAUGCCAAAUUAUUGAAUCGCAUGUUUGCCCAAUUGCAAAAGUUUAUUCGAAAGAUAAAGCAGCGUGUGUAGAUAUUGAACAAGAAGGAUGUGAAACAACAUAUGUUCAAUGGGUUCAGACUCACAGUAGCACUGAUCCAAAUUCAGGUGUUGCCUAUAUGGUCUCCGAUAGUCUUCAGCCGUCAACAUCUACCAAACAUUUUGAAUGCCAACCAGGUGCACAAGGCCGUUUCGUUGAUCCAAAUAUUUGCAAUAUUUUUCAUGUAUGUAUCCAACGAAACUCACAAACUGUUGACCAACCGUUCAUGUGUCCUUAUCCAACAAUAUUUAAAACUCUAACACCUGAUAAAAUGUAUUGUGCUCGACCGGAACCCUAUGAUUGUAAAGGCAAAGCUUUUUAUCGUGGAAUAGAAACAAAUGAUGUAAUGGGUAAAGCAGUUGUUGAUGAUUCACUAUCCUAUCGUUUACCAGAGAAUACGUUGAUCAUUGAAAAUUGCACAAAGAAUGGUUUAUAUGCCGAUAGUUUCUAUUGUAAUGGGUACCAUAAGUGUAUUAAUGGACAAGAUCAACAGUAUCUAUGUGAAAAUCAACUGCUAUUUAAUCCGAUAUCAAAUGUUUGUGAUUAUCCAAUUAAUGUCGAUUGUGGAGGCAAAUCAUUAUUACGUCGCCCAGUGGGCUUUCCUAAUGGCACACUGGUGAAUUCCUCCUAUAUUAUGGUAUUUGGGAGUGAAUUGCGUCCAGAAUGUCCGAACAGAAUUCAAAAUGUUCUUGUAUCAGAUGUCAAGUAUUGUAAUGUAUUCUACCAUUGUCAAAGCGGUCAAGGCUCAGUGUACAUGUGUAAGGAUGGUCAUGCAUUUGAAAUUCACAAUGAACAAACCAGAGAAGAGGGAAUUGGCUCAUGCCGUCUCGAAGAAACGGUCGAUUGUGAAAAUCGUCUUAUUCUAACAUCAAAUGGAAAACGUCAACCAAAACGAACUAUCAUUAAUAAAAAUCAAUUCAAUUCAGUACCAUUGAUAAAUACUGGUGAUGAUUUGAAUUAUCAGUCGACAAAAUCAUCAAAAACACUUCGUUCAAAAUAUUCGAAUUUUAUUCUGUUACCACCAACAUUGAAUCAAAAAGUUGUGGUAAAUGUUCAGUUUGAUUGUAAAGGACGAAUUGAUGGUCACUGGAGAGAUACACGAUAUUGUGAUAUUUUUCAUGCAUGUAUUGCCGGAGAACAACGCCGAUCUUAUGGUUGUAAUCAAAUUGGAGAACGAUUUUACUUUGAUGAUGUUACGCAAAAAUGUGAAUUUGCAUCUCAAAAUUCAAAUGGUUGUCAAGCAAAUCAAUAUUAUGGUCCAAUUGAAGAACCACCAUCUAUUCCCGGUUCUUCUCUUAGUACAUCGGCACCAACUGAACCCUGGAAAAUAUUUAUACAAUCACGAGAACAAUUUACCUGUUCAGGAAAACAAGACGGAUUCUACGCUAGUCGUUGGUGUAAUGCUUUUUAUCGAUGUUUCACUGGGAUAUCUAGUGCCUUCUUGUGUCCAAAAAUGCCGAGCGGUUCCCGUUUAUGGUGGGUUCAGCAUGGUAGCCCCCAAGGUAUUCCACAAGAAACUGCUUCGUGCACAUGGCCGUGUGAAACAAGCAGAAGAUGUACAAGUUCAGGUGGAAUCAUUGUUGAUAGCGGAAAUGCCGUAAGUGAAAGUCAACAAGAAGCUGAUUCCGUUUUCCAAUCAUCGUUGUGCACAACAGCUGGCUCAUCAUCGGGAGUGACCGGGAUGGGUGCAACACAACCACCGUUCAACGCAGGUUCAGGAUCAGUUGGUACUGGCGGAUCGCUAGGAUCCGGUCACAGUUUCAAUCCGGGUACAUCAGGAAUUGGAAGUGGAACUUUUAAUCCGAGUGCGGGAUCUUCUGCCACAAAUUUGGGAUCUGGGAAUGGUUUUCAGACAGGAGUUAGUGGAUCCGGCUCAAUGACAGGCACAAGCUCUCAAUCAUCGGGACCUGGUGGUGCGCCUGUAGGAGCAACAUUUACUGUUGACAGUGACGUCUCGUGUAUUGGUCAAGCGGAUGGUGCAUUCUUGUCCAGUCGUUAUUGCAAUGUAUUUCAUCGUUGUGUCAGUGGUACACGCCGAGAUUUUCGAUGUCCGAGAGCCACCAACACUCCCUAUGAUCUAUGGUGGAAUCAACAAACACAACUUUGUGACUGGCCAUGCCGAAUACCAUGUCAAGUGCAAAUAUACGGCACACAAGGAGCGAGUACUCAACAAAUUCGUCAAGAAGAUUCCAUUUUAAAUCGAAACGAAUGUACCGGAUAUCAAGUACAAACAGCUGCUACAUCCUCCUCAGUAAAUCUCAAUCAAAUUCUCGGUGGACAAGCGAUGGUCUAUUCAGCACAAACUCAAACAUCAAGACCCAUUGAAAAUCCCGAUUUGAAUUUUGUUUGUAAUCAACCGGGAAAAUAUGCAUCGCGAAGAUUCUGCAAUGUUUAUCAUGAAUGUCUUGAUAGUGGUAUACCACCAAGUCAAUCAUACGAAUGUUUGAAUUCGUUUUUUGAUCGUAGUCAAGGUAUUUGUACAGCAAAAGAUCAAGUACCGUGUAUGGGUGGCAUUUUUCCUUAUGAUUCAAUACCCAUUGAUAAAAAUCCAGACACAAUUACUUGUUCAACCCAAAGUGGUUUCUACAUUCAUAGUUCAAGACAGUUCUGUAACAUCUACUAUGUUUGUGAUGGUAUUGUCGCUUCACCCACCACAUUUCGAUGUUAUGACCGACAAACUGGACAAGAAGGAAUAUUCGAUCCAUUUGCUGAACGAUGUGAUUCACGAAAAAAUUCGAAUUGUCAAAAUUCCAUUCUCAAUUUUGGUCAACAACAACAAUAUAAAUCGAUUGCAAUCGAUUAUCAACGAACAGAAAAUAUUCAACCAUUGCCGUGUAAACCUGAUCAACAAUAUCUUGUUGAACAUGAACAAUAUUGUAAUCUAUAUCAUUCAUGUAAACAAGGUGAUUAUCGUAUCUAUGCAUGUAUAUCAACAUCAUCGGAACCAUCUCAAGAUCAAACGUCAUAUUUCUAUCAGUCAAAUGGUCAAUGUGCAGCACCUGUCUCUGCCAUAUGUCCAAAAACAAAAUCUGUCUAUGCUUACUCUCGUCUUCUACCCACAACAGAAUCUCAACCACUUCUCAUGUUAAACGAUCAACAACAUAACUACGGAUCAAUUCCCAUUCAAGAACGGGUUAAACCACAACCACUAUGUAAAUUACAUGAAAAUUACAUUAUUGGACAUGAACACUACUGUAAUUUGUUCUAUGGAUGUAAAGAUGGUGAAUUAAUAUUAUAUGCUUGUAUCGAUAGAUUAACAGGCACAUAUGGUGGCAUAUUUCAAUCAUCCACUGGUAACUGUAUUACUCCGAGCCAACAAGAAUGUCCAACAAAUGAAUAUUUUCAACCAAAUGAAUCCACCGAUUCUAAGGUUUCACCAAACGAAAAUGAUAUUAUUCCAACAUUAACUACUCGUCGUCCAAAUAGUGUGGCAUUCAUGUCGUAUACAAUGUUAGAACCAAAUAAUCUUACAUCACGUCUUAACUCUUCUUCAGUAAAAUCUCAAUUUUAUGGUGUUCAAUCACUGUUUUCAUGUAAAAAUCGUCAAGAUGGAUAUUAUGAAUCAGAAUGGUGUAAUAUAUUUUAUCGAUGUUUCAAUGGUAAACGAAUGGAUGAACGAUGUCCACAAGGACAAACAAAUCUUCAAUUAGGUCAACCACAAUAUGAUCUUUGGUGGACACAUCAAAACCAAGAAUAUAAUCAUACUCAUCCACAUUAUUUUGGCGGAAGAGAUUAUAUGGUUAGAUGUGAAUGGCCAUGUAAAAUACAAUGUAAAAAACCGAUAUGGGUACCGAAUGAUCAUCAAUAUCCUGUGGGCGCUGAUCUUGUCAAACGUCAAGAUCAGGAAUUGAGACCGGGUUGUUCAACAUCUCAUUCAACAUUUAGUGGACGAAAAAUGCGUGGUGAAGGUAUGAUUAUGUAUUCUGACAUUCCAAAUCCAACAAAUUUUUCUGCCUGUCCACAAACUAAUCAACGUCAACGUGUGGCUGAUUUGAAAUAUUGUAAUAUAUUUCAUGAAUGUACUAAUAGCAAAGUGACAGGAUCUUUCUUGUGUAUCGAAUCACAAUUUGAUCAAACAAUAAAAGAUUGUGUUACAUUUACAAAUUACUGUCCAGUGGAUAAACGAUAUUCAUAUUCGAGAAAUCGUUUAGCAGCUCAACAAGGAACAUAUUAUGAAGCAGUUGAAGUCCGAAGUGUUAAUCCAAGUGGUUAUGAAUGCAUAACAGAUGGUAUUCAUACGGAUCCAAUGUUUUGUAAUUUAUUUCAUGCUUGUUCUGGUCGUACACGUCGUUCAUUUCAAUGUCGUCAAACGGGUACCGAUGGUAUUAAUGACGGUGUAUCUACAUUCGAUUUAUUAACAAAAAGUUGUUCAAAAUUUUCUCCUCAAUCGUGUCAAACUCUCUUAUACAAUCAAGAAUUUGUUAUUAUUCCUGUCAUGUUCAAACCACCAAGUGUCUCACCAUGUGGAAAAGAAGGCUUUUUCUCAGUUGCUGAUAACAUGAUGGCACCGCAAUAUUGUAAUAUGUUUGCAUGGUGCCCGAAAGGACAUGGUGAAGCUAAAGUAUUCGAAUGUGUACCGUCAUUGCCGGGUGCUCAUACAGGUGCAUUUGAUUUAUCACGUCGUUCUUGUAGUUCAAAAGCCACAUGUCCAAAAGCACGUCUAGCUUCGCCUCACAAUACAUCAUUGUUAGCGCUCACCUUACGUCCGAAAGUAGUAACGAUUGGUACGCGUAAACAGUUUUCAUUAACAAGUACAAUGGUUGAAAAUGGUUACAUUGCAUUAGGCACAGAUUUUCAAACAGCUUUUUCAUGUCCACCAGGCUAUACGGGUUUCUAUUCAAACCCAAAUUUUUGUGAUGUUUUUCAUUAUUGUUAUGAAACUGGGGAAUUGUCAUCUUUUGUAUGUGCAUCAAUGCCAAACAGAUAUCAAUUAUGGUGGAGCCAUCAAAAUGAAAAUCCAAGAUCAGAUAAUGUUUUUUGCGACUGGCCGUGUAAUUUACAAGGUGUUUAUGCGUGUCCAUCAUAUAAACAGAUAUUAAUGCGUGAUCGUCAACCCACUGGAAGCGUGAGUCAACGCGAAGUAGUUGAAGCUACAUGCUCGUCGGCUCAGGUACCUGUCACACAAGAGACAACAAUUUAUACUAUCUAUCCAGCAUUUAAUGGCAACGGACAACAAGGACAAAAUGAUCAGGGAGGUCCAACAACAUUCUAUCAGCCAUCACCAGCAGGUAUGAGUUCUGGUCAGUUAGGUUAUCAACAGUGUGCUCCUUCGAAUGAAUGGUAUGUCAGUCAACAAAUGAUUCGAUGUAGUUCAUCCUUUGCUGCCACUGGCUAUGCUCCUGAUCCAAAAGAUUGUUCUAAAUAUUAUCAAUGUGAUCAAUCAAUUGGUCAAGAUGGAAUGUCAACAGGAAUAUUAAUGCAAUGUAUUGCUGGUCUUUGGUGGGAUCAACAACGUCGAAGUUGUGUAUUACCAUCUGAGGUCGCUUGUAAUCCAUUUAAUAUAAUUAAUUCACAAGGACAAGCAAUGGAUGUUGGUGGUUAUCCAUCACAGACACAGCCUCAGCCUCAGCAGCCAUCCGUUUAUCCAACUGUUGGAAUUACAACACCAUUUGUUUAUCAACCACAAACUCCGGUUCAAGUACAAGGAUCACAAACAGCUCCUUGUCGAGGUGGACCACUCUGUAUUGACGUUGGACUUAAUAUUCUUCAACAAAUGAAAGCUAUACCAGGCAGACCAGGAUGGUUUUACAAAUGUGAUAGUCAAUGUGCAUUAGAAAUGCGUUGUCCACCAGGUCUGAUUUUUGAUGAUUUAUAUCAACGAUGUGAAUGGCCGUCGUCUCCACAACAGCAAAAUGUUUUAGGCAGCUUGAGAGAUAAAAAGGACACCAAUGAUAAAAUUCAACAUGAGACAUCAAAAGAUAAAGCAUCACAACUACACGUUUAUCCAACAACAGUAAUAAAAUCAAAACAACAAAACAACAAAGCAACAAAACGUUUAAUUCUCAAUCAAAAUAAUUUAUCAUCAACUCCAACACCAUCAACUAACACCACCACCAACACUACUACUACUACAGAUACUAGCACUACUACCUCUUCUAAAGAAGUUAAGUCUAAAAGCAAAAUAAUGGAACCAUAA